UUGACUAGACUUAAGACAUGACGAUAAUAAUGACGACAAUGAGUAAAACGAUGACGAAAAAUACUGUAUAUGAACUAAGAAGAAUAAUUGUAAGCCAAAAGCCAAAAAAAAACUGUCAAACUGUCGGUUGUCAAAUGUCAGUUGUCAACGUCAUUAUUGAUGAUUCAAAUUGAUUUGGAUUUACAAUACAUGUGUAUUGUUAUUUGUUUGUACAAAAUAUUUUAAUAUACCGGUAUGAAAAUGAAUUUAUUGACAAAAUGAUAUUGUAACAAAUCAAUUACAUGACCAACGAAUUAAAGUGCCUUAGAGUACAAUAGCAAAUAGAACGACGAAGUGUUGGCGUUAUAUUGUUCAAGUUGAGUUCUUAGAAGAAACAUGUGUUCAAUUACAUUAACGAGCCUUAUACUGUCUGUUUUGUAUAUUGUUCAUGGGGAAGUUGCUGAUACGGAUUUGAAUGAUCUAUCAGAACAGCAAAAUGCAGUUAAAAUAAACAAGUGCUGUGAACCAAACGAACUUAUGGUCGACUCAGUAUGUAGAUUGGCGGAAAAGUAUAAUCAAGUUGUGUGGUCUCCUAAGUUCAAAACCGAAGAUGGAAAAGAUGUAAAUGUAAAAUAUUUUAGAUAUGUAAAUGGUGUUCCUGAUUGCACCACAACUCAGCAGCGAGCAAUUUUUGAUUUGGGAAAAUCCGAGGAUGAGUUACACCUUUUAUCAGAUGGAAGAAUGCAACAUCUGAUUCACCAUGAACACAGUUCUGACAGUAUCAAAGAAGAUCCAAUGAUAACUAACACUUUAGGGAUCCAUGAAAUAAUCUCAAUUCCUGUGGCAAAGGAACCAUCAACAUACAUUCACAAUCAAGACAAGUAUUGUAUGGAUAAGAUCUUAAUCACAAGCUCGAAUACAACAGGCCAAUAUGCACUUGUAUGUGUACCAGAGGUAAUCAUUAACUGGAGGGACGCAGGUUUUCUUAUGAAGAAGAUACUGAACCCAAUAUUUCAUGCAUUGGCUAUGAUACUAUUCCUCCUUGUUGCAAUAAUAUACUUUGUCAUACCAACAUUGAGAGAUUUAGCUGGGAAUAUUAUAACAACUAUCAAUGUCUGCUUAAUUGUAAGUCAAGCAGCAGAUUUGGUGAGGAUAUUUACUGAAUUCAGCAAUCAUGUCAGUUUCAUGAUUACAGAUAUAAUUUUGUAUGUGAGUCUGCUGGCAGCUUUCUUCUGGUUGAAUAGCUUUGGAUUUUACAUUUGGAAAACAUUUAAAUCAAGAAAUGUAUUUCUAAGAGUGACAGAUGUACGGAAAUAUUGCUACUACUCGAGUGUUGUCUGGUCUUGUGUCAUUUUAAUGACAGCUCUAGCUGUCUGUGCCCAUUUUCUUUUGGACACUGGCACCAACCCCUACAGAAAGACGAGAACUCAAUUUUCUUCUUCCAUUUUACUGGAUGAUGCAGAACAAGAAACAAUAGGGUGGCUUGGCAUAGCCAUUUUCUUUACACCAGUGGCCUUCACAAUUUUGAUCAAUUUGUUUUUUUAUAUCACAACAUUGAAAGUUAUCAAGAGAAUCAAUAUUUAUGGACGAAUUCACUACAAGCUGAAAGGAUGCUUCAAUUUGUUUAUACAACUAUUUUUUAUAAUGACAACAGCUUGGCUAUUCCUCCUGCUGUCUUGGCUGAACUUCGAUGGACUACUUUACGCUCACAUAGUGGUAAAUCUACUGCAAGCUAUACUCAUAUUCUACAUUUGUAUAAUAAAACAAUCGCAUGUGACAUAUUUGGUUAGAAAGAGUUGUUGUUACAACGAACCGAUACCUACUGGGGAAUGGGGUGAUGAAAUGAUACAUAUGAAUGGAGGUAACUAUUGAUUGUAAUAUUACAAAUCAUUUAUUCGUCUAUGAGUUAAUGUUAAUGGAAUAAUCGGCUAUACUAGGAGUCCAAAAAUAUCCUGUAAGUAAGUUUUUCUUCAUAUAUUGAUAGAUUCUACCUAGGCUACUCACUGUCAUAUCUUUUACAAUGUUCGCACCAAACAAUACUCUAUUUGCACAAAUUGUUUAGCACAGUUUGGCUUUGUCACACGCACAUAACAAGAUAUUAUUAUUAUGAUUUUUUAAGACUAAUAAUGAAAUACAUAUUAUACUAAAAAAGCCGUCAGCACUUAAGCCUACAGAGCAUGCUUUAUUUUUUUAUUAGUCAUAUGGAUGAUAGAUUCAAUGUUUUUUUACAUUUUUUAUAUGAUUUAGUAUGUAUUACGUGUGCUCUUUGGAUGGUGACUUUUAGGACUUUGGAUAGUGAUUGUUGAAAGUGUAGUGAUAAAAAGCUGUGGUAAAAUAUUUAAGUAGGAUUCAAUAAGAUUAGUAAAAUGUAACAUGUGCCUUACAAAGAUGGCAGUAUUAUAAAAUAAACACGAGUGUUGAAAGUAGUAAGAGUCCUUAGGUGCCUUGCUUAAAAAGUUUUAUUUAGAUAAAAGCACUACAAGCAUAAUUAAUGCAGUGUAAUGAUGAAUUUAUUAGGACAAUUACGAGAUUAUUCACGAUGGGAGAUUAAGAAAAUCCUAGACUUCGAAUUCGUGAUUUUUAACAUAAUAAUAUCUCACAAUAGUAGGCAGCUGCCUCGCUACGCCCAUGAAUUCUAUAACAUGUAUUAUCACGCCUGAGUAAUAUUGUAUUAAAUAUUAAGACAUGUUAAAUAUAGGUUUACUUUAAUGAUUCGUAUUUUCAAGAGAAUUUAUUGUGUAGAAAAUAUAAACUUAGCUUAUUAUAUUGAUUGAUGGAAAGGUUGAUUAAUCUAAAAAUAAAUCUAUGAAGGAAAGAAUAACAAGUUAAAAUAAUAGAUUAAAAUCUAUUAUUGUUACUUUAUUUUCCAUAAUUAAUACCAACAAGGAGAGUGUCAGCUUGUAACCGAAAGAACUCUCUGUGCUCAUGAUGGUACUUAAGAUUUUAGUGACACCAAAAUUUGUUUGUGCUCAGUUAUUUUUAAAAAACUUUUAUGUUAGGUAGGUAUAAAUGAUCUGACAAAUACUUUCGCAGCUAUUUUCUAUUGAAUUGCUUCAAUAAUAAGACUGUUUUCUGUUCUAAUUUCUUAUGUGUUUUACAAAAUAUAGAUUCUCCGUCCAAGAUUUGACAAACAAUUUUCUGAAACUUUUUUCUUUGAAUGUGUAUUAUUGAUAGAUGAUAUUGCUCUCUUCUCUUGUGACGAAUUUUUAUAGUUUUAAUUUGUAAUCCCACUGUAUAGAAUUAUAGAAUUUGUAUUAUGUAUUGUA